UGGCCAUUUCGUCUCUUUUAACUGGAGGACGAAAAGAUUCGCUUCUCCGGCGAGCAAUUCAACUCUUUCUUCUCUUCGGUAAUGGCGAUGUCUUCUGGGACUCUGAGGUUCUCUGCUACCUUAGUAUCUCCUUAUCAUCAUCACCAUCCUAAUCGCCUCUCCUUACCUUCUUCUUCUUCCAAGGUUGAUUCCACGGGUUUCAUAAGCAUUGGAGUAAACAGUUUGGAAGCUCAGAAAUUUCCCGGAGUGGCGAUCAGCCGUGAAAACACACGUGGUCAUGUGAAGGUGCUUGCAAGGAACACAGGAGACUAUGAACUAGCACCAAGCCCAGCUGAGCAAGAGAUAGAGAGCUUUCUCUUGAACGCCAUCAACAUGAGUUUCUUUGACCGGUUAAACAUAGCUUGGAAAGUAAUAUUCCCAUCGCGAGCUUCAAGAAGAAGCUCCAACGCAAGAAUCGCAAAGCAGCGGCUCAAGAUGAUUCUCUUCUCAGACAGGUGUGACGUUAGUGAUGAAGCUAAAAGGAAAAUCGUCAACAACAUUAUCCACGCACUGUCUGAUUUCGUAGAGAUAGAAUCAGAGGAUAAAGUUCAGCUGAAUGUCUCCACGGACGGUGACCUCGGGACCGUUUACUCAGUCACGGUGCCUGUUAGGAGGGUGAAACCAGAGUACCAAGACGUGGACGAGGCUGGAACUAUAACCAACGUGGAUUACAAAGAUACUCGCGAUGGUUCUGUUGAUGUCAGGUUUGAUUUUUAUGUUCCGGAGUGAUAAAAGAAGGCUCUCUCUCUCUCUCGGUCUUAGAGUUGUUAUUUAUUGGAUAGUGUCUUUGUCUGUUUUGUGUUGGCUGUUCUUGAAGUUUAGUCUUGAGGGAACAAAAGACAGUUUCAUGACACUCCCCAUGUAUAUAUAUGCAGCUUAACUCUUAUAAGUGUUAUUCUCAUUUUAGUUUUCAAAAAUUCUGUCAA